UUCUUCAAGGCUUCAUUCAGAAAACAGCAGCAGAACACGGUAUUCUUCAACUUUUGAAGUCUGCAGAUCACUCAUACGUUCCUAUGGUUGACCCACCAAAACUUCUUCUCACCUGGUAAUUGGCGGGGAGCUGAGCCAUGAGUUCAGCUUCGUCAGGUCGUGAGCCGUCCAACUCUGCUGGAACCCCUGACGUCUCCUCCGAGACGCCGAGAACUCGACCAAUAGCCUGCGUACGAUGCUGGAAACGAAAACAAAAGUGUGACAAGCGGUUACCAACUUGCACCGCAUGCCAAUCGCAAGAUGUCGAAUGUGUUCCCCGACACCAAGACAUCACUUCCUCUACUGAGCUCUCUCAUAGUUCUGUUAUAGGUUACGUCGAGUCCUUGAAAAAGCGUGUCGCUGAACUCGAGCACAAUGUCCAAUCCUCUUCGAGGAAACGAGCCCGCACAGAAAAUCAUAGGGCUGAGUCGGCAGAUGGACCUUUACUCGCGGACCCGGUCAGCACCCGUACCCAGGACGCCGUCUCUAUGGUCUCGAGCCACGCCUCUGCCCGGACCACCACCAGACGGGGCCACGAAGACUCAUCUGUGAGGGCCACUAUGGGCGCCAUCGGCUUCUUGUCACGCAGUGCCAUGGCCGAACCGCGUGGUCAGUCGGACGAAUUGGCUAGGAAGUUUUCUCUCGGUGAGAUCAUCUCCGGGGCACUGGCCAUCGAUGGACGCGAUCCAUCAAAGGCUUCUCCUGCGCCAAAGACACCCACCAUAGAUGGUCACCUAUUGCCGCUCACUCACGAUGCAACCAGUGGCCAUUUGCGGCGUUUCUUGGACAGCAUUAUGUUCCUGCCCUAUCUCGAUGAGGCAGGCCUUCUCGAACAGUACGACAUUGUUGUCGCCAAUAACGACCGACGUGACGACGGUGGGAGCAUCAACCCUCUUCACGUUUUUAACGUUCAUAUGGCUUUGGCUAUUGGUAUUCUAAUGUCCCCCGAUUCCGCCCAUCUGUCGAUGCUCAGCUCUGGGUAUCACGCUGUUGCCGCCAAUCAGCUGCACUCCAUUUUGCGCUCCGAGGUGUCCCUCGAGCAUGUCCACUGCAUGGUCAUGCUUCUACUGUACUCGCUCUUGAGCUCCACGGGAGGCUCAGCUUGGCAUCUUCUUGGCCUCACAGUGAAGACGUGCAUCUCACUUGGUCUGCAUCGAGAACCUGAUGCCCAUGCCGACUUGGCCAUGGCUGAGGCGAACAAACGAAGAUGGCUGUUUUGGACUGUGUACUCGCUCGACCGCUCUUUAAGCAUAGCUAUGGACCGUCCUUUCAGCAUCCAAGACGACGACAUAUCAGUCCAGGUACCCCCAGAAGAAGAGGAUGCAGCAGUUUCUAUUCAGCACAUCUCAAGAAAACUUCAUCUGAGCCGGUAUGUGAUAAACCAUGCGCGGAUCAUUUCCAGUAUUCGGACCGGAAGGGGGGCAGAUAUCAUGCUCGAUUACAGCAACAUUUGCCAUUGGAGGGACCUCCCCCCAUCCCUGGAUUGCUUCUCUCCAAUGACCUUGAAUGUUACAGAUAUUUUCCAGCAGCUGUCUUGUCGGGCCUUGGCCCGGCUGGUCUCGCCAAUACACCAGGCAGAAGGGGGCAGAGAUCUAUUGCUUUGGAACGCCCAUGAUGUAGAAAUGGACGCCAUCAGCACUUCCGAGCAGUUCGUCGACCGGUGUUAUGCUCGUUUCGCGCAGGGUGGUUUCACGGGCACUUUCAUCGACGCCUAUGAUAUUUUCCAUGCUGCGGUAGUAUGCGUCUGCCUCGCGUGGAGGAUGAGCCAACAACCGCCCGCCGAACGUAGGCUUACCAAAGUCACGGGAACCCUCCACAAAGCCUCGACACUCGUUACAGCUAUAGCUUCUAGAUUUCCGGCUCUGGCGUCUUUUCAACGGGUACUGCUAGCUCUUUCGACAUGUGUGAUGGGUGAGAAGCAUUCGGAUUUCAAUAUGAUUACUUCUGAAGCAUUCUCGCCGAUGAUUCCCCGUCGGAUCCAGCAAUUCAUCCGUUACACGUUUACAUGAUGGUCAAACAGCUAGAUCAACAUGCUCGCACAGCAACAUGGGCAGACAGAAUGGUUUUAAUUCAAAAGUAUA